AUGUCCCUAUCAUUCAGCCUCAAACGGUUGAUAUCCGGCCAGAAUAUCGAAGAAGAGAGACAUAAACAUGACCCAAGUCGAGCAAAGCAGAGACACAUUUUCAGGCGUCCACUUAAAAAGCUUUCUGUUUUCAACAAGUACUUUGAAUUCCACAAAGUCUUCUCUUUAGAGACCAAUACUAGAGGUAAACAAUGUUCUAUGGCAAGAAAUGCAAGUAAUGUGUUCAUGGGGCUCACAAGAGAAACGCACCCUUGCCAACAAAAUUCACCGCCGGAGCCUUUCAAGCUCCCAGAAAAUAGUUCACCCACAAUCGCAUCUGAAGACUGCGAUAUUUUACCCUCAGUUGAGCUUAACACCCACACGAAUGCUCAAAAUUUUGAUUCUAAUGUGGCCUGGCACGGUUCCAUGCAUGAUCAUGAUUCUCCUGAGGGUCAUGCAAAUUUGAGGCCUUUUCUGGAUCCUGAAGAUAUUACCCGAUCAUUGCACUCUGAACAAACCGCCGGACAGACCAAAACUCAAGCUCCAUCUGCGAUUGACCUACGGAGAGAAACGUCGCGCACUACAGUCCAUGAAGAGGAACUGGACCCUUAUCAUAAUCUUCCCAUGAAUGACCAUCCACAUUCGAAAAGGCUCCGAGACGAUCAUGCCAAAGCUGAGGCUACCAGACUAAAGAUGCAGAACUUACUUGUUGGAAGAGCAAACUUGCAAGCCGAAAGUUUUAUCAGUAGUCCUGCUAAGUACCUUUUCGAUGUGAACCCAAGAAGGAUGGCUAAACUUCAUGAUUUGUAUCAGCAGGCGGUUAACCUAUCGUACCAUCUCCGGACACGUCGGCCAGCGCUCAAAAUAUCUACACUCAAAGAUCUGAGCUCUCUCUACGACAUUAAUGACCCAAAGAUGACCCUUCAUACCAUGGUGAUCGAAGAUGACGGAGACAAGCUAAAUGGCCACCCUCUUACUUUAGUCAUCCACCCCGCGAUUCAAUCGUACGGAACCGAACGAGGGGUAAAAUUUGAGUCAGAAACACUGAUAUGGGCGUCAGCGGAAGUUUGGUUCUACAAUCCUUUACCAAAAGGCCCAGAAUCAAAUGUAGGAGGGGAUGCGGGGGUGAAACCAUAG